AUGCCUUCGGCUCAUCGUCGCACACCCUCGAUCAAGCCUGAAACCAAGGCCGAAGAAGAUGUGACCGAUACUGGAAAGACUACUCCCCCGUCAUCGCCAAAAUCUAAGACGAAGAUAUUGCCAUUUCGUAGGCUUCUUAGCUAUGCUGAUGCCAUGGAUUGGUUGUUAAUGGCGUUGGGAACCUUUGGUUCUGUAAUCCAUGGCAUGGCGGUGCCCAUCGGGUACCUCUUACUUGGAAAAGCUCUCGACGCGUUCGGUAACAACAUAACUGAUGAGGAUGCCAUGGUUAGAGCACUUGAUAAGGUGGUUCCGUUUGUUUGGUACAUGGCCAUUGCUACACUUCCGGCGGGAAUUCUAGAAACCUCAUGUUUCAUGUAUGCUAGUGAAAGACAAAUGGCACGCUUCAGAUUGGAGUUUCUCAAAGCAGUUCUCAGUCAAGAUAUUGGAGCUUUCGACACUGAUUUAACAACCGCGAAGAUAAUCACUGGAAUAACAAACCACAUGAGUACCAUACAAGAUGCAAUUGGUGAGAAGUUGGGCCAUUUCAUCUCAAGCUUCUCCACUUUCUUUGUUGGUGUCAUCAUUGCCUUCGUAUGCUGCUGGCAAGUUGGCCUGCUCACUCUGUUGGUGCUGCCACUUAUUCUCAUCAUUGGAGCCACAUAUACCAGCAGGAUGAAUAUUAUUUCAGCACUGAGAGUGCAAUAUUUGUCUGAAGCAACUUCAGUUGUAGAACAGACUCUAUCCCAUAUCAAAACUGUCUUUUCCUUUGUUGGGGAAAUGUCAGCAAUAAAGUCCUUCACUCAGUGCAUGGAGAAGCAAUACAUCUUGAGCAAGAAAGAAGCACUAAUAAAAGGACUGGGACUAGGAUCAUUCCAAGCAGCAACAUUCUGCUCAUGGGCCUUGAUUGUUUGGGUGGGAGCAGCAGCAGUAACCGCCAAAAAAGCUAGCGGAGGCGAAACGCUUGCAGCUGUAAUGAGCAUUCUCUUUGGAGCAAUAUCAAUCACUUAUGCUGCACCUGACCUUGAGAUCUUUAAUCGGGCAAAAGCUGCAGGACAUGAAGUUUUCAAGGUGAUUGAAAGGAAGCCAGGCAUAAGUUAUGAAAAUAAAGGAAAAACAUUAGAGAACAUUGUUGGAGAAAUAGACAUAAAAGGAGUGCAUUUUUCUUACCCGUCCCGUGAGGAUAAUCUUAUCCUUCAAGGUUUUUCACUGUCCAUACCAGCAGGCAGAGUGGUUGCUUUAGUGGGUAACAGUGGAUGUGGGAAAAGCACUGUGAUUUCCUUAAUUCAGCGGUUCUAUGAUCCAACCACAGAGCUAAAACAGUCAGCUAAGGUUGCAGGUGAGAUUUUCAUAGAUGGUCACAACAUCAAGGAUUUGGAUCUGAAAUUCCUUAGGAGGAACAUAGCAGCAGUUCCACAAGAGCCAUCACUCUUUUCGGGCACCAUCAAAGAUAAUCUGAAAAUUGGGAACAUGGAUGCAAGUGAUGAACAGAUAGAGAGAGCCACAUCAACAGCAAAUGCACACUUAUUCAUAUCCCAACUUCCAGACAAAUACUCCACCGAGGCAGGUGAGAGAGGAGUACAAUUAUCAGGUGGGCAGAAACAGAGAAUAGCUAUCGCAAGAGCUAUUCUCAAAGAUCCUCCAAUUCUUCUGCUUGAUGAGGCCACAAGUGCACUUGAUUCAGGGUCUGAAAAGCUGGUUCAAGAUGCCCUUGAGAGAGCUAUGCAAGGAAGAACUGUGAUUUUGAUAGCCCACAGAAUGUCAACAGUCAUCAACUCCGAUAUCAUAGCUGUGGUUGAGAAUGGAACUGUGGCACAGACUGGAACUCACCAAGAAUUGCUAGAAAGCAGCAAGUUCUACUGCAACUUAUUUGGCAUGCAGAAUCUGAAGACAGACACUGGAGACAGUGGAUCAAGGGAUAUAGAUCAUACAGAAGAAGCACCAGAGACUAUUCAGAAUAGUUGUUAUUCACAAGCUCCUGAUAUCCUUGAAGCAUCUAAAGAACAGCAAGAUCAGUUGAGCGAACCUCCAGACAAAGAAAUACAAAAAAUCAAAAGAAAGGCAGUUCCCUUCUUCAGAAUCUGGUUUGGAUUGAACAAGCUUGAGCUCGCAAAGACUGUUGUAGGUUCUUUUGCAGCAGCUGUCUCUGGUAUUUCUAAGCCACUGUUUGGAUUUUUCAUCAUGACAAUUGGAGUAGCAUACUACAAGCAUGACGCCAGGAGGAGAGUAGGGUGGUAUUCGGGAAUAUUUUGUCUUGUUGGACUUCUAACAUUAAUUACUCACACAUUGCAACAUUUUUUCUAUGGUGUGGUUGGGGAAACAGCCAUGAGAAACCUCAGGGAGACUCUGUUUUCAGCAAUUGAAAUAGUUGGUUCACUCUUUGUGCAAGUGUAGUUUAAAAUAUUUCCUGCUAAUUAUGCAGCUGUUCUGCGCAACGAGAUAGCUUGGUUUGAAAAAUCUGAGAAUAGUGUGGGCUUCCUUUCUUCACACAUUGUUGGUGACACAUCCAUGAUCAAGACCAUCAUAUCUGAUCGGAUGUCUGUUAUCGUCCAAUGCAUCUCUUCAAUUCUAAUUGCAACCAUCGUAAGUAUGAUUGUUAACUGGCGAAUGGGUUUGGUAGCUUGGGCUGUUAUGCCUUGCCAUUUCAUUGGUGGUCUUAUUCAAGCCAAAUCAGCCAAAGGAUUCUCGGGUGACUUCGCUGUUGCUCACCGAGAACUUGUUGCCCUUGCAUCAGAAUCAGCAAGCAACAUCAGAACUGUGGCCUCCUUCGUACAUGAAGAACAGAUACUCAAGAAAGCCAAGCUCUCAUUAAGAGAACCAAUGCGGAUCAGCAGGAUAGAGAGUAUCAAGUAUGGAACGAUUCAAGGGGCAUCACUUUGCUUGUGGAAUAUUGCACAUGCUGUUGCCUUGUGGUAUACUACAGUGUUGGUUGAUAAGAGACAGGCAACUUUUGAAAAUGGAAUAAGAUCAUACCAGAUUUUUUCACUCACGGUCCCUUCAAUCACUGAGCUAUGGACUUUGAUACCCACAGUCAUCUCUGCCAUCAACAUACUAACACCUGCAUUCCAGAUCCUUGAUAGGAAAACUGAAAUUGUACCAGAUGCACCAGAAAAUAUGAGCCUUGAAAGAAUUGUAGGCAGAAUAGAAUUUGAAGAGGUUAGUUUCAACUAUCCAUCAAGGCCAGAAGUUGUUAUUCUAGAUAAUUUCAGUUUAAUUAUUGAAUCUGGACAGAAGGUGGCCCUUGUUGGGCCCAGUGGUGCAGGAAAGUCCUCUGUUUUAGCCCUUCUGUUGAGGUUCUAUGAUCCUGAUAAAGGAAGGAUUCUAGUUGAUAAAAAGGAAAUAAGAAAUUACAACCUACGAUGGUUAAGAAAGCAAAUAGGGUUGGUGCAGCAAGAGCCACUACUUUUUAGUUCCUCAAUUAGAGACAAUAUCUGCUAUGGGCAUGAGGAUGCUUCAGAAACUGAAAUACUUGAGGCUGCAAUUGAGGCAAAUAUUCAUGAAUUCGUAAGCAGCUUGCCAAAUGGAUAUGACACCAUCGUGGGCGAAAAGGGUUGCCAGCUUUCUGGUGGACAAAAGCAGCGAAUAGCAAUUGCACGAACUCUACUGAAGAGGCCUGCAAUACUGCUGCUAGAUGAACCUACCAGUGCACUGGAUGGAGAAUCUGAAAGAAAAGUCAUGAGUUCUUUAGGAUCAAAUAAAUGGGGUAGGCAAAGAAUCACUCAAAUUACAGUUGCUCAUAGGCUUUCUACAGUGGUUAGUUCUGAUGUAAUUGUGGUAAUGGACAAGGGUAAGGUGGUUGAGAUGGGAAAACAUGCAACAUUAGUUGCUGCUAAUGGCAUUUAUUUAAGACUGUUCCAGCUGCAAAGCCAGAUGAAAAGUUAAUUGUGUUGCAAAUUAGUCAGUUUGAAUUUCAUUGAGAGGUUUCCAGUAUAUAUGAUAGGGAUAUCGCAUGUAUUUUGUCCAUUCCUGGAUGGGCACUACAAUAAAGAGAUAGGUAUGCCAUAGUUUCAAUGCAAUAAUGAUGAAAUUAUCUGACAUAAUCAUGAGCCAAGAAAAUAAUAAUUGAUAUAAUGCUCUAUGAU